AUGACCGAAAAUGAAAUUGUUUGCACGUUCAUCAAAGCUCAUGACCCGCCCUACUUUGAAGAGAUUUUCCGUAUGACUGGUUGUUCCUUUGCAGAGAUUGUCAAUAAGUUAGAAGAGUAUGACGAGUUUAUGAGAGCAGGCAAGAUCGCUAAUGUUUCAGCUUUAAAGUCACAGCUGGAAGCUAUGCAAAGCCAAAACAGCAGCAGUAAAAAGGCUCAGUUUAAGAAGAAAGACGAGGAAGCUUCCUUUGUUUGGAACCAACUAUAUGAGCAAUUGAAAGCUGCUGGGAAGAUUGGUACGGUACCCCCUAAGACCUAUUCCAAAGGAUUUCCCAUUGGUUAUGAUCCUCAGUCAUUUUGUGCUUAUCAUUCGGGAGCCCCGGGACAUUCAACGGCCAAUUGUUGGGCGCUUAAGCAUAAAAUCCAAGAUAUGAUCGAGGCCGGAGAUAUAGUUCUGAGAAGGAGGGAUGAACAAAGGCCAAAUGUUAGCAACAAUCCUCUUCCCGCGCACAAGGAUACCGUAGGAGCUGUUACCACAGAGGAAGAGAUUGAGGAACCUACACAGUACAUUGUAGACGAAGCUGAGAUAAUAGGGGUCAUCGGAGAACCGUUCAUACUGGAGGAAGAAGCCUAUGAAGUCAAGGAAAAUACUGAUCCGUUUAUUCUGGAAAUGAUACCUUUCCAAUGUGAGCCUUCGGAGCUCGUGGUACUUGAAUUGCCUAAGCAAGCUCCUGUUCUUAAUUUGCAAGAGGUCCCAUGGAAUUAUAGCGAGCCUACAUUGCUAAUUGGAGGAGAGAAGGUGCCCAAGAAGGAGGUGGAUGCUAUUACUAGAUCUGGAAGAAUCAUAGAGGAACCCGCAGUUGAUGAAUCUUCAAAAGCAAAAGAAAGUGCUACGCCAACAAAACCAGUUGUGACAGAUGAAGAGGCCUUUAAUUUCCUUAAGAUGUUGAAGAAGAGCGAAUACAAAGUAAUUGAGCAAUUGGACAAAAUGCCUGCUCAAAUUUCUAUGUUAAACCUACUGAUGACUUCUGAACUUCAUAGAAUAGCUUUACUCAAAGUGUUAAAUGAGGCUCAAGUUCCUAAAAACAGUCCAAUUGACAAAUUCACCAAUGUAGUUGAACAUGUUUUGGCUCCCAAUCGGAUUUCUUUUUCUGAUGAAGAUCUAACUGCCGAAGGGAUUGGACACAACAAAGCCUUGUAUAUCUCAGUCCGCUGUAACGGGAAACUUUUGCCAAAAGUUCUGAUAGACAAUGGAUCCGCCCUCAAUAUCUGUCCCUGGAAUACCUUGAUUAAGUUGGGGUUUCAAGAGGCUAAAUUGCCGCCGUCUACCACCGUGGUGAGAGGAUUUGAUGGCGCGAAAAGAGAACCAAUGGGGGAGGUGGAUUUAGUACUGGAGAUCGGACCUGCCCAAUUUCAAGUCAUGGAUUUUUCAAGUGUUUACAACGUUCUCCUUGGACGGCCUUGGAUUCACACUUCGGGCACUAUACCAUCUUCGCUCCAUCAAAUGUUGAGAUUUGUCGUGAAUGGCCAAUUGAUUACAGUUUUUACGGAAGAUGAUUGUACAAUGAUUGUUAAUUCUGGAACAAAUGGGGAAAAUAGUAUAGAAUCUCUGGUUUCUCCUCACCAUGUGGUUGACAUUGUCUCUGUGGGAUGGAUAUCUAAGGAAAAGCUAGUGGUGGAGAUGAAUUUGCCGGAAACUAGUGUUAUGAUGGCUAAAGAGAUGAUUCGAGGAGGAUAUGAGAUGGGCAAGGGUCUUGGGCGCAACCUACAAGGAGUUUUGGAACCAAUAGAGCUUCAAGGAAAGAAGGACACUUUUGGAUUAGGGUUUAAACCUACUGCCAGAAAUAAGAAAGAAAUGUCGGAUCGCAAAAGGGUAGAGAAGGAAGGGAGGCAGCUUAUCAUGAGCAUCCCACCGUUGUACUGUACUUUUCCUUACCCAUCAGAGGUGAUUAGAUCUGAGGUAGACCCGAUCAAGGAAGUGGAGGUUAUAUUAUCUGAGCUAGUUGUGGGGGUUAUUUCUGAAGGGGAGCCGUUGGAGGACCCAGGAUUUCCAGAGGUGCCUAUUAAAGCAAUGAAGAACUGGACCAGUGAUUUUCUUCCCUCCUGCAGGGAAUUUCGAUGGCUAAAAGUAAAACACAUUGACCCUUUGGAUAUCACCAUUCGGGAAUUUGAUGAUUGUGAUCUCGAUAUCCCUCGCGAAUUCAAAAUUUUGGAAUCUGAAAUUCGAGACGAGAGCGAUAACGAGGAAGAAUCUGAGUCUUUAUUAAAGGAUUUUGAACAGUAUGAGGAGAAAUCCAAACCGAACUUAGAAGAAAUAGAAGUUGUUAAUAUUGGCACUGAGACUGAGGUUAAGGAGAUAAAAAUUAGCAUUCAUUUGAAUAAGAAACAGAGAAAAGAAAUGAUUGAGUUUUUGACCAUGUUCCAAGAUGUGUUUGCCUGGUCCUAUAAUGAUAUGCCUGGAAUUUCAACAGAUAUAGUGGUCCAUCGAUUGCCAACUGAUCCGAAUUUUCCACCAGUAAAACAAAAACCUCGCAAGUUUAAGCCAGACAUGAGCCUCAAAAUUAAGGAGCAAAUCGAGAAGCAGCUCAAUGCUAGAAUCAUUACGGUGUCUCAUUAUCCCAUUUGGCUUUCAAACCCUGUACCUGUUCCAAAGAAAAAUGGAGAAGUGCAAGUCUGUGUCGAUUACAGGGAUCUUAAUAAAGCCAGCCCGAAAGAUGAUUUUCCGUUGCCAAACAUUCAUAUUCUUCUGGACAAUACCGCAGGGCAUGAGAUUGAAUCAUUUGCUGACUGUUUCGCUAGAUAUCACCAGAUCUUAAUGGCAAAGGAAGAUAGGGAGAAAACUGCUUUUAUCACGCCCUGGGGGACAUUUUGCUACCGGGUAAUGCCAUUUGGAUUGAAAAAUGCCGGAGCCACUUACCAAAGGACCAUGACCACCCUGUUCCAUGAUAUGAUUCAUAAGGAGAUGGAGGUUUAUGUGGACGACAUCAUCAUCAAAUCCAAGAGAGCAGAGGAUCAUCUGAUUGAUUUGGAAAGGUCAUUCGAAAGAUUGAGAAGAUAUGAUUUGAAGUUAAACCCUGUAAAGUGUGUAUUCGGGGCCCCUGCCGGAAAGUUAUUGGGAUUCAUUGUCAGUAAGAAGGAUAUCGAGAUAGAUUCGGCAAAGAUUAAAGCCAUUCGUGAAAUGCCAGUACCAAGAACGCAAAAGGACGUAAAAAGUUUUUUAGGAAAGAUUAACUUUAUCGGGAGUGGAGAAUGCCAGCAGGUGUUUGACAAGAUCAAGGACUAUUUAUUGCACCCUCCAGUUUUAGUGCCACCCAAACCCGGGCGACCUUUGAUCAUGUAUCUAUCAGUGUUGGACGAAGCUAUGGGGUGUGUAUUGGGACAACACGACGAAUUGGGGAAGAGGGAGCAAGCUAUCUAUUACCUCAGUAAGAAGUUCACUGCAUAUGAAGCCAACUAUUCUUUUCUUGAGAGGAGUUGCUGUGCUUUAGCUUGGGCCGCUCAAAAGUUGAGGCAUUACUUGCUCAGCCAUAUUACUUACCUCAUUUUCCGCUCCGACCCUUUGAAAUAUCUGUUGGGAAAACCUAUGCCGACAGGACGUAUGGCAAAAAGGCAGAUGAUUCUUUCGGAGUUUGACAUUAUUUUUACCACGCAGAAGGCUAUCAAGGGCCAGGCUGUGGCCGAUCAUUUGGCUGAAAAUUCGCUGAAAGAUGAUUAUCAACCGCUUCACACUCAUUUUCCGGAUGAGGAGGCCCUGUUCAUGGGUAUAGCAGAAGAUAUGAAUGAUCAAUGCUCGAAGUGGAGGUUGUUCUUUGACGGAGCGUCAAAUUCCUUCGGGGCCGGUAUUGGAGCUGUUCUAGUAUCGCUUGAGGAAAGCAUUACCCUGGUUCGGCCAAACUCCGAUUUUUCUGUACUAACAAUAUGGCUGAAUAUGAAGCGUGCAUUUUUGGGUUAA